AUGGGCAGUGUGGUGAGUGCUGGAGAGGACAAUGAUGAGCUGAUUGAUAAUCUGAAGGGAGCCCAGUAUAUCCGGACGGAACUGGUAGAGCAGGCUUUCAGAGCUAUGGAUCGUGGAGAUUAUUAUCUUGAAGAGUUUAAAGAAAAUGCCUACAAGGACUUGGCAUGGAAGCAUGGAAACAUUCACCACUCCGCCCCAUGUAUCUACUCAGAGGUGAUGGAGGCUCUGGAUCUGCAGCCUGGGCUCUCAUUUCUGAACCUGGGCAGUUGCACUGGCUACCUCAGCUCCAUGGUGGGCCUUAUUCUAGGUCCUUUUGGUGUGAACUAUGUGGUGGAGCUACAUUCAGAUCUUAUAGAGUAUGCAAAGCAGAAACUGGACUUCUUCAUCAGAACAUGUGAUAGCUUCGACAAGUUUGACUUCUGCGAGCCCUCUUUUGUUAGUGGCAAUUGCCUGGCGAUUUCCCCAGAUUGUUCUCAGUAUGAUCGGGUGUACUGUGGAGCAGGUGUGCAGAAAGAACAUGAAGAGUACAUGAAGAGUCUUCUCAAGGUUGAAGGAAUUCUGGUCAUGCCCCUGGAGGAGAAGUUGACCAAGAUAACGUGCAUAGGCCCUUUUGCUUGGGAAACCAAAAAGAUUCUGCCUGUUUCCUUCGCUCCUCUGGUCCAGCCCUGCCACUCAGAGUCAGGAAAGUCCAGACUUGUUCAGCUACCACCAUUGGCUGUCCGCAGCCUCCAGGACUUGGCCCGCAUUGCCAUCAGGGGCACCAUCAAGAAGGUCAUUCAUCAGAAA